UUGAUUAUUUUUGGUUUAUCAAGUUAUGAACAUUUCUUAACCUAUAAUAAUAAGAAAGCAUUCAAAAAUUGAAGAAGGGAUUAUUUUUGGAUUGCUAAUACAAAUGACAAAUUGAAGCAUGGACAACAUAAUUAAGGCAGAACUACUUAAAGGACUUUCAGCUAGUCCAAUGUAUAUUCCAGCAUGGUACCGUUAUGACGAAGAAGGAUCUCGGUUAAAUGAUGUUUGUAUUGAGCAGUGUAAAUGGUACUACUUUCAUCGCUUUGAAUUGAAAAUUCUGAGUGAUAUUUUAUCCGAAAUAAUAGAUUAUUUCAAAGAUUCGAGAAUGGUUGUUGACCUUGGUAGUGGAAAUGCAACCAAGACGAUGUUGAUCUUAGAUAAACUUUUAGAGAAGGACGAAUCUUUAACUUACGUCCCAGUAGAUAUUUCUACAGAAUUUCUCAACAAAACAGCUUCGAACCUGAAAACAAUUUAUGGAAAUAAAUUAGAAAUCAAGCCUAUUGGAGACGAAUACAUAGUAGCACUGAGAAGAAUAAAAACAAUAACUGAUACAAAAUUAAUUGUAUGGUUUGGAAGUUUGCAGAAUGUAUCGCAUGAAAAACAGUUAGAUUAUUUAUUGGAAAUACGAAACGCCAUGCAAGUCGAUGACAAAUUCUUGAUGACAUUAGAUGUCACAGACACUUCUCGUAAGGAGACUAUAGAGCUUGCUUACCUAGAUCCUGAAGGGUACAGCGAAAAUUUCAAUCUGAAUUCCAUUCAUCGUUUGAACAAGGAAAUGAAUGGUAAUAUUGACGUAUCAAAGUUCAAAAUUAAGAACGAAUUGGUGGCGAAUUCAGCUUCAGAUAAUUGUAGCAAUGUUAAUGUGUGGAUAGAGGCUAUCGAGAAUUGUGAAGUGGAUAUAGGAAAAUUAGAUUUAACCCGGAAAUUUCAAAAAGGAGAAAGAUUGUACCUGCAUGAAGAGGGCGGGAUAAGCUGCAAAUAUACGAUUGAACAGUUAGAAUAUAUCUUGAAUAAAGCGUCACUAGGAUUGGAGAAAUACUGGAGAAACGAGCAUGCGGCAGUGAUAGUAGUGAACCGAAAAUAA